UACUUUUUCGUUGACUGAUAAACGUAUAACGAUGUUUUUAACAUACAUCAUUUCAUAACUAUGGAACUGACGAAAUUAAGGAUUUAAGUUUAUAAUAUUCAACAUAUUGACUUGAAUUAGUACUUAUUUCGAUAUAUGUGUAUAGAAAAAUAAGUUCAAACUUGAUAAUUGCUCAAAGUCAAAGUGUUGCAUUCAGAGUAAUUAUUCACUACAUUAUAACAAUUAUUCUUUAUAAAAUUAUUUUAAUAAAGACCUUAUUACCUUAUUGCUGCACGUGGAUUGGGAAAUACGUAUAUAUCACAUUGCGUGAAACAGAACUAAAAUUAUUAUAAUUUUGUCGUUUAACCUUUCAAGAUUAAGUUUGUCGUUGGAUAGAUAGUAGAUACAUUUUAAACGUGCGCAUGUGCGAACCUUGAAAAAGUGUGCUUGUUCAAGUCUGUCGAAGUUUUUAUGUCCGUUAAUUGUAUAUUAUAAAUGCAUUAAACGUAUUUUACUUAAGAGAUUACUAUCAUUAAUUUCAUGAGCAUUAAAAAUGGCAGCUAAAAGAUCUGCAACUACAGAAUUAAAUCAUGAUAAUUGGAAUGAAGAGCAUGAACCUGAAGAGGCUGGAACAUUUAUUAGAGCGUCCGAUGAUAUUCUUGAGAAAAGAGUUGUUAAAAGAGCCAAGCGUCGAUUGCAAUCAACAGAAAAUAAUACCAAAAGUGCAUUCGGUGCAUUCACAGGUUUUAAAACCACUGGACCAUCUACACCACAGAAUGCAUUUAGUUUUUUAGCAGAUAAUAAAGCUUUUGGUACAAGUUUAAAAACAGAUACGAAUAUCAAUAAACCCCCAGCAAGUAAUGGAGCAUCUAAAGGAAAUGAAAAUGGCACAAACAAAAAAGAAACUUCAGUAAUACAAUCAAUAUCUAGCACAACUACAAGUAAAACAAGUGAUCAAGCAGAUCAAGGCACGAGUAAGAAAUCUUCUGAAUAUUUUGCUAAGUUAAAAGGUUUAAAUGAAAGCGUAACACAAUGGAUUAAAAGUCAUGUAGAUGCAAAUCCUUUUUGUAUUUUAACACCUAUUUUUAAAGAUUAUGAAAAAUAUCUUAAAGAAAUUGAAACAAAACAUGGAAAUGAAUCGGAUAAAACUACACGUACAUCAGAACAAAGUCAAUUUGAACCUACUAAAGUGACUGAUAAUAAGGAAACUGCAAAUUCAGAGAAAAAGGUUGACAGUUCUCCAUUUGGAGGAACAAGUACAAAAUCUUUAAUAUCAUCAGAAUGGAAGCCUGAAAAAUCAAUUUUUGGCAGUAUUAAUACUGAUUCAAAAUCUAUAUUUGGUACGUCAGACCAUGCUACAGAUAGUGGUAAGUCAGUCUUUGGUAAUUCAGAACAAUCUUCAGACUCACAUAAAUCUAUCUUUGGCAAUGUUGACAAACUUGGAACAAAAAGUGUAUUUGGAAAUGUUAGUUCUGAGAAGAAUCCAUUUCUCAGCAAACCAUCUACAGAUAGUAAAUCACAAGAACAAGAGUCAAAAUCAGAGUUAAAAUCUACUAGUAGUUCUUUUGGUACAACAAAUGCAUUUUGUUUUGGUCAAAGUUCUACUACUAGUUCUACAACUGGCUUUAGUUUCGGAGGUGCUAAGCCAUUUACCUUUGGUGCUCAAGUUGUAAAGCUACCAGAGUCUGAAGAUAAAGCAGAAAAUGAAGGUAAAGAUGACGAAGAUGAGGAACCCCCAAAAGUAGAGAUUAAACCAGUAACAGAAGAAGGUGCCAUAUAUGAACAGAGAUGUAAAGUUUUUAUAAAGAAAGAUGGUAACUUUACCAGUAGGGGUGUAGGAGUACUGUUUUUGAAGCCAACACCAAACGACAAAACACAGUUGAUAGUGCGUGCGGAAACUUCUUUAGGAAGUUUAUUGCUCAAUACUUUAUUAACUGAAAGUAUUCCAACAAAACGUAUGAAUAAAAAUUCAAUAAUGCUGGUUUGUUUGCCAAAACCUGAAAUGUCACCACCACCAGUUCCAGUCUUGUUAAGAGUGAAAACAGACGAAGAAGCAGACUCAUUAAUGGAUGCACUUAAUAAGCAUAAAAAAUAGGAUGUGUUAUAGGUAAUAUUUGAAUAUGCGAAAACACAUGCAUUGGCUCUACAAUGCAAUUAAAUAAAGUACUAUGAUGAAAGAAACUUACUAAAUUCACGUGGGAUGGUGACUGAAAAAUGUUUACAAGUAGAACAUGAUUUUGUUAUUGAAAAUAAGUUUCUUGAGUAUUGUAAUAUUUUUACUUUUAAUGUUUAUUAUAAAGUAUGUAAAAUAGAAUUAGAAGAGUUGAAUAUUUUUUAUUCUCCAUUGCACGAAACAUACGUUAAGACAUCAUUGCUAUAGGUAAUGUUAAUAUAAGGAUGUGUAAUUAUAAAAUAAACGUGAAUCAGAUUUAGAAUAAUUAAAAUACAUACACAUUACUUUCCAAAAUCGUCGUAAGUACAUGCGAUAUUAUAAGUACAGACGACAGUAUGUAUAAAUUGUAUAUAUUAAUUUAAACUUAUUUUCAUUACUAUAGUUUAAGUAUACAAAUAGCAUAUAGUUAACUUUUGGAAUGAAGAAAUACGUGUUUAUAAUUCAUGUUUUCGUUUUUCAGUAACUUGUU